AUGAGUGGGAAGUUUUGUAAUCCAUGGACACAUGGAGAAGGCGGGUUGCCGUAUUACGCCGAGCUUGGCAAAAAAAUUCGUGACGUUUUUGGUGCCUAUGCUGUCGGGUUAUUCAACAUGAAUGUUAGUGGCGUAAUGACUGACUAUGGAAUAAAAUUCAGUGAUGGAUUACAUGCAAACAAAGAGACUGGCGAUGUUUUCGGAGUAAUUGAAACAAAAUUUGCCUCUGAACAGAAGAAUAUUAUAUUUGGCCAGAAAUGGACUUCGAAUAACGAUCUGUCAGGCGAAUUUCUUCUCAUUGAUUUUUGUCAAGGAGCUCUAGCAAAACUGGUUGGUACCUUCAACACCAAGAAUAAUAAAAAAUCGCUGCUCAUUGGUACGGAUUACAGGAAUAAUAGAAUAGCCUUGAAUUUGGCAGCCGAAUUCAAGGACAAGUCACCUAUCGUGAAAGGUGCAAUAGCAGGUGGCUAUGAAAAUUUUGGUUUGGGCUAUUUCACUCAUUUCGAAUCGAAAGAUUCGAAAUUUGUCACUCACGAUUUCAGAGUGUCGUAUGAUGCGGAAAAAUUCACGCUGCUUGGCGCUUUAGAAAAUGAAUUCAAAGUUAUUUCGGCCGCAAUUCAAGGCAGAUUAGUGGAUAACGUGGAUGGGGCGUUGGAAGUGAAGCACUCGAAAGGAGGCGACAACGACGGUGUUCUAGUGACUGUGGGGGUCAAGUACACUCACAACGAAGACUGUGUCUUGAGAGGUAAAGUCGACAGCAAGGCAAUGCUUGGUCUAAGUCUCACCCAGACAAUCAAUGACACCACUGCGAUCAGUCUGUGUGCUAUGAUCGAAGGCCAAAACAUAAGCAAAGGAAAACACCAACUAGGAUUCGGUCUAAACGUACAUUUCUAG